GAGACCUCAGCCUGAUCGAGCAGAGCCGGCUCCAAGCAGCCAUCUGCGUGCUGAACAAGGAUGGUUCGAAGACCAUCGGGUUUGCAAAUCGUUUGCUCACUUUUCUCUUUGCCGACGAUGAGUCCUACGACAUCGUGAGAGCUCUACCUCCAACUCAGGAUGCGCUUCCCAUGGCCUGCGGCAAUCAGCUCUGCGUGUGCCUGGCACAUGUGGCUUUGUGA